ACGUUAAACACGGCAGAAAAAAGUCAGACAACGGCACAUUCCUUGUUGGGACGUUUGUUUAGCAAAUGUUAUAUGUCAUCUGACUACUUCCAGCAUAAACAGAAACUCCUUGCAAACUGUAAUAUUUGUGCCACGAAUUUGUGCUACAAAAUAGGUAAUGGCAUACAUUAUGUGCGCCAUACAAAUUUUGAUUCCGAUCAUGCUUCCUGUAUGGAUUUAUUUCUGGUUUAUGAAAAAGCAGAUCUCGUAUUACUUGGGAUUAGAUAUACAGUUUGUUCUAAAGCGAUGGUGGGCUCUUUGGUGCAUUUCGAAGGAGAAAAAAACAGAGACAAAUAAAGUCAAAGACAGUGACGUGAUAUCAAAUAUAAAGAAGAUUUUGAAACCAUGCUCGGAUAAUCCAAAAAUUAUUAUGGACGAGAAUAGUUGCGAUAGCGUAUCCUUCUACGGUGCCGAUCAAAAAGGAAAUUCGUUAUUUGUUAAAAUGAAUCACAGAAAGUAUCAUACAGCAGAAUUGAUUUUGCAAGUGAUGCUAUCGGACGGCCGAAUCUACGUAUUACCCGAUUAUCCUGAUACAAUUACGGUAAGAGGCACAAGCCAAAAAUGGUCAGCGUCAGGUCUAAAAAUUGAGUCGUUAGAACCACGACAACGUUGGAGAAUUACGUACAAUGGCUUCCUCCGAAACCAAUGCCAAGGAGAUAUAUCCGAUAACGACAAUGUGGAACAUAUUCGUCUAAAUUUUAUAUUUAUUGGCAAACCCCGAUUGUUAGAAUGGCCAGGUGAUUGGAGUACUUAUUUGCACGCGGAUGCUUUAGCACGUGAACCAUGGAAGAAUCAUGAUUGGAUGCACAAAAUUCGAUUAAUGGAUUAUACCGGCUUUGAUCUGUGGGGCUCCAUUAUCGGGCAGAUAACGCUCAAAGAUUCAAAUGCAAGUACGUUUUAUUUACGAGGACUCUGCCAGCGACGUUGGGGCAAACACGAAUCUUAUCAAUUUCAUCGAAUGAUCACAUUUUUUGGUGUAACACAACAUGGAACAAUGUAUUAUCUUGGUGUGACCAGUACCAAACAAAGCUUUUCACACAUGCAAUUUGGACACCUCGAGGAAGCUGGAGGAACAAUAACCAAAAUUGAUUGGACCGAUCUAAAACUAAGCGACUCUGAACAAGAAGCUACAAUUCCCAUCAACUAUAAGAUUGCAUUUACAGCAGCUGGAAAACAGUACAACUCCAUAAUCAAUUACGCGGUGGGUAACGCAAUAACCUGUUACAAUGGCCAGCCAUGGUAUUGGACUUGUACAACUCGUAAUUUGCGCAUACAAUUAAACGGCAGUACAGGUGUUGGACUGAUGAUUACGUGUUGCCCAUACACUGGACCGAGACAAGCCCCGCAGGACCUUUCGAUCGCGGAAAUUCAACAUAUAACGCGGCCCGACACAUUUGCGCAAAAAGAUAAAUACAUUCUACAUUUUGCUGAUAAACAAUGUCAAAAUGAAUGCAUCGUCGGAGGAAAAGGAUAUUCUCUUGCGAUUUUGACAUCUAUUACCCGCACCGAUGACUUUACAGUACCUCAAGGCUUUUGUGUAACGAGUUUCGCUUUAGAACGACAAUUGAAACAUCACAAACAAUUGCAGAACUUAAUCGCCGACAUAAUAGAUAUCAGUUGUUGUAAAAAGAAAGGGGACCUCGAAAGUUAUUGUCAAAAAGCGGUGUCCAUUAUUCAAGGUACUCCUGUCGAAGAAGAAAUUGCAAAAACGAUAUUGCAAGGUUUGAAGAAAUUAGAAUCGUCUGCAAGAUGUGGAAAAGAUGUACAUGUACGACCGCGCUACGCCGUAAGAUCCAGUGCGGUUGGAGAAGACAGCGAGGAAACUUCAGCUGCCGGUCAAAACUCGACGUAUUUAGGCGUGAAGGAUGCGAAUGACGUUAUCGGAUGCGUUGCCAAAUGCUGGGCAAGCCUGUUCUCGUAUCAAAGCGUCGAGUAUAGACGACAGAAUGGACUGCCGAUAAGAGCAUCUAUGGGUGUUUGCGUUCAGAGAAUGGUCGACGCAAAAGCGGCUGGCGUCAUGUUUACUAGACAUCCCACAACCGGAGAUCCGUCCAGCAUUAUUAUUACAGCCAAUUACGGUUUAGGAGAGACGGUAGUAUCAGGUAAAGUCGAGCCUGAUACCUUGACAAUUCGUAGAAAGUGGGACAACACUCUGACUGUAGAUGGCUCGGUGCUGGGAAAUAAGAGGCAGAAGAUCUCGCUCAGUGACGAUGGCAUAACUACGAGCACUCUAAAUGAACAGGAAAUUAAGAAGAUUUCGAUAUCCGAUACAAUCGCUCUGCGAUUAGCUAAAAUAGGAUUGCACUUAGAAUCGCUUUUUGAAUCUGCUCGAGAUGUGGAAUGGGCGGUUGUCGGCGAGCGAAUUUAUCUGUUGCAAGCACGGCCUAUCACAACCAUUAAUGCAUGGACGGAUUUCGAGAUAAUGCACGAAUUAGACUCGGGAGUACCUUGCGAUGUCGAUCUUAUGACCUUUGCCAAUAUCGAGGAAGUGCUUCCAUAUCCCGUUACUCCUCUGUCGAUCUCUACAGUUAUAAAAGUUUUGAAUCUAUCGUUGGGUGCGAAAUUCAAUAAGUUUGAUUCCAGUUUUCUUCAUAUGAUCGGUAUGAGGUGCGCGAUAAAUUACUUAGAUUCAGCUUUACAAGAUGUUAGUAAAGAAAUAACGAUGGCUAAUAAAAUGAUAGACUUAGCCAUAUGCGGACGUGUAGUAACGACACCUGAAAUGCACGAAGCAGCAAAAGAGAAAUACGGUAUCGUAAGCAAAGGUCGGAGCAUAUAUAUGAUAUACGAUAUGUUAAAAUCAGCAUGGAUGAAUGACGCGAGGGUGAAGGAAACGAUCGAUAUAUUUAACAAGUAUACUCUGAACGUUAACGAGUUUGAUACACCUCACGAUUUAUACAAUCUCAUAAGUGAGAAAUAUGGGGAAAUCUUUCUAAUAGGAAAAGGUCACAACAUGGCGUCCUUUAUAAGCGUAUCUUACCAGAUGAUAGCGAUGUCGCUUUUAACGAAUGGAAGUGAUAACUUUACGUCUGAACAUCUUGCGGACAUUGCUAUUUUGCUGAGUUCGUGCAGCAAUGUUAUCAGUACUGAAGUGCCAAUAGCCCUCGGCAAAAUAGCGGCAUGCAUCAGAAAGAGCGGCAAAGCGGAUGAGUUUAGUAAGAUCGAGAGCACAAAAGUUAUGGCCUGGUUGAAAUUAAAUUGCUCUCCGGCUGCGGAAAAACUACAAACUUUUUUCGAAAUGCACGGUCAUAGAGGUGUUCAGGAAUUAGAUUUGUUCACGGAACCUUGGAUACUUAAACCUGAUAGUAUCAUCAAUACGAUUCAGGUAUUGGCAACAUCCAUCGAAGAGAAUUACGUGACUAAAACAUUUAGCGUGCAAGAAACCAUAGCAUCUUUGAAGACAUCCACGUCAUCGAUUAUCAAAUUUUUUCUGCGGAAAGUGAUACCUUUUUGUCGAAAAGCUGUUACGCUCAGAGAAAUGACAAAGAAUGUGGCUAUAUCUGCUUUGCAUAAAUUGAGAUUAGCUUAUAGACGACUUGGUGCUUUGAUGGUUGCGGAGAGUUACAUACCUGAUGAACGUCUUAUAUUUUUCCUGACACAUCAAGAGAUCGGACAACUUUUGAACCAUCAUAAUCCGUUACUCGUGCGAAAAGCGCUACGUAGAAGGAAAAUUUUUCAACAAGUAUCAAAACAUGAGUAUCCAGAAUUCAGUACAGGCAUGCCCAUACCCAUGCCAAUACAGAGCCUUCUCGACGUCUCACCCUACGAAGGAUGUACAAUGAUUGAAGGUACUUCAGUUUACGGCGGUCAUGCGCUAGGCAGAGCGUGCGUGAUAACCGAUCUGUCCGAAGCAAAAAAUAUACAACACGGAGAUAUUUUGAUUACACAUUGCACCGAUAUCGGUUGGAGUCCAUAUUUUCCAUUAUUAAUUGGUAUCGUAACAGAGUUGGGUGGACUUAUAAGCCAUGGCGCCGUUGUAGCAAGAGAAUACGGUCUUCCUUGCAUCGUUGGUGCCAAAGGCGCGACCCAAAUUUUUCAAACGGGUGACACUGUAUUAUUAAUUGCAGAUACUGGCAAGUUGCAACUGAUUACAAAAGCCUAAUUCAUCAAUUCAAUACUCGAUGUAUAUGAAAUAGAUGGUGGAAAUAGAUUUCCAUCUUUGUUACGUUGUAAUCGUGAUGUAAGAAUAUAAGAUGUAUCAUUCGCGAUGGACAUCCUCGGGAGGUCGUCCAAUAUGGUGGCUGCUCUUUGAGCCAAUCAAAAAUUUGUCUGAGAUUGUAAAAAGCAGCAAGACUGUUUUAGAACAAAAAUUUGAUUGGUUUUAUUCUAUUAUUCUGUCACGCACAAUAUACCUUAUAUUUUUACACCAUUGUAACUACGAAUAUACCUAAGAAAAAAA